UUCUCCUCGCGCCUUGCCGGGGCUCUCACAUCGGCUUCUCUGUGACGGGCCGGCGGGAGGAGGUUUCAGGGGCGCCAGUGUAAACCGGCCCUCGCCCCAGGAGGGCGGCCAAGACUUUUCUCUGCAGUUGGUACACCCCGUUAGGAGGGCUGCAGGCUAGUCCCCUGAGCGUCCCAGCUCCCCGAUGCCUCCCCAGCUUCUGCCGCUCCCUGUGGUAGCUUGUGUGAAGCCACGCUUGUCUGCACGCGAGGGUGCAGCUCGCUGUGCUUUUUUUUUUUUCCUCCAGCGCUCUACCAGCAGUUCCCGUCCUCAUCUUCCCUGCCAGCUGCGCAUUCCCGCCACACGGUUGUGCCAGCACAGCUGUUUUCAUGGGACUACAUGCUGAAUUAGGCCAAUGCACUGUUCUGGGUUAAAAAUAGCUCUGCAGAAGAAAAAGUUAUUUAUAUGCAGGACAGUUCAAUGUGUUACCGUAGGAGGUAACCUGCAGGGUUGCCUGCAAACAGGAGAGAGUUUAGGUUCCACUGAUGCCACAGAGAAAUGCAUGUGUGUGCACAUGCAUAGAUAAAAAGUGAUAUCUGUAAGAAUUAAGCAAUAAUUACCACUUUUAGGUUGUUCUCUGAGAUCUCUUAAAUUACAGAGUAAUGUCUACAGAGCCUGGAUAAAUAUGUAUUGAAUUCUGUUCCAGCUUUGCUCAAUUCUCUGAGCUUUUCCCACAAAGGAAUGUGCUUUUUCAACUGUGUGGUAUCCAUGUGGUAGCACUUAUAUAAACAUAAUGUUAGACCAGAACUGUCCUUAACUAUGAGGGUGCCAUGUUCCUGCCUGACGGCAUCUCUAAUUUCUUGCAGGGCACUUUGGAGCCCUGUAAUUGUCUCAUAGAUGGGACUUUGGCAUUGUAUCAGGUAACUAGGGAUAUAUUAAUCUUCACAAUAUCCCAGUGAGCAAGUAUUCUGUCUUACAGGUGGGAGACACCAAAUAUGUAAGAAAACACCAGGUGCUUGAUUUCAGCUUAUCCAAUGGUUUAACAAAUGAACAUCCUUCCUCUGCUGAUCCUGUUCUCUCUCCAGAUGGACUGUAGGAAGCAGAGCAGGUCUGGCCCUUACAACCCCCCCACGCCCGCCCGGUUCUGGAUUUGUGCGCGCAGCGCGGAUCGCCCGCGGCUCGGCUGCCGACGCCGGGGGAAAAUGGCGGUGUAGCCCUCCUGCUCUCCGUAGCCCUGGAGGACCGGCGGCGCCGCGCUCUCCCGGCGUCUCUAUGGCCGUGGUGUGUGCCUGAGCGUGCUGGCCCCUCAACCGGUCCUGGCUUCUGGUGGCGCUCUAUCCGCGCGCUGCCGUCUCUGUGGUGUUUCUGGGCGGGACGCUCUGUGCCGCGGCGGCGCCGUCUCUGUGGCCGGGCGGAGGGCGGUCCUGGCGGAGCCAUGGCGGCUGUGCGGGGCCUGCGGAUCUCGGUGAAGGCGGAGGCAACGGCGACAACGGCGGAGCCUCGCGGCCCGGAGCCUGAGCCUAUGGAGGUGGAAGAGGGCGAGCUGGAGACCAUCCCAGUGAGGCGCUCGCUCCGGGAGCUCAUUCCGGACACUAGUAGGAGAUAUGAAAACAAGGCUGGAAGUUUCAUUACUGGAAUAGAUGUAACCUCCAAGGAAGCAAUUGAGAAGAAGGAACAAAGAGCAAAACGCUUUCAUUUUCGAGCUGAGGUGAAUCUUGCCCAAAGGAAUGUGGCACUGGAUCGGGACAUGAUGAAGAAAGCAAUUCCUAAAGUGAGACUGGACACGAUUUACAUUUGUGGAGUGGAUGAGAUGAGUACACAAGACAUUUUUGCCUAUUUCAAAGAAUAUCCUCCUGCUCAUAUUGAGUGGUUAGAUGAUACGUCGUGUAAUGUGGUCUGGCUUGAUGAAGUAACAGCAACACGGGCUCUAAUAAAUAUGAGUUCCUUGCCUGAUCAGGAGAAAACAAAAAGCAGAGAAAACAAUGAAGAGAAGACGUCUGAAAAAAACAAGAAAGAAAAACAGGAGGAAAGCUCUGAUGAUGAGACAGAAGAAGGCGAGGUUGAGGAUGACAAUCCAAGUGAUGUUGAGUUGGAUGCCCUCUCCCAGGUAGAAGAGGAUUCUCUCCUGCGUAAUGAUCUUCGCCCUGCCAAUAAACUGGCUAAAGGAAACAAGCUAUUCAUGAGAUUUGCUACUAAAGAUGACAAAAAAGAGCUGGGAGCUGCAAGGCGAAGCCAGUAUUACAUGAAAUAUGGCAAUCCGAAUUACGGAGGCAUGAAGGGGAUUCUUAGCAAUUCGUGGAAACGAAGAUACCAUUCACGUCGAAUCCAUCGGGAUGUGAUAAAGAAAAGGACACUUAUUGGGGAUGAUGUUGGCUUGACUCCUCCUUAUAAACAUCGUCAUUCAGGCUUAGUAAAUGUUCCUGAGGAGCCCAUUGAGGAGGAAGAGGAAGAAGAAGAUCAGGAUAUGGAUGAAGAUGACAGAGUUGUGGUAGAGUACCGUGAUGAACUGCAAGCUUUCAAACAGUCCCGAGACCGCAGUGCAGCAAGACGAUCAAGUGCUAGUGCAUCUGAUUCUGAUGAAAUGGACUAUGAUCUUGAACUGAAAAUGAUAUCAACACCGUCUCCCAAAAAGAGCAUGAAAAUGACAAUGUAUGCAGAUGAGGUGGAAUCACAACUGAAAAAUAUUAGGAAUUCUAUGCGAGCAGAUAGCAUAGCAACCAGUAACAUAAAAAAUCGGAUUGGCAGUAAAGGAUCCUCAGAGAAAAUUGCAGAUGUAAGACUACUGUUAGAAGAAAAACGUCAGAAUAAUACUGGGCCACGUCUGCCAAACAGCACUGUUAAAUCAGAUGUGCGGCAAAGACUGGGAAAAAGACCACAUUCUCCAGAAAUUAAACUUCCAAGUAGUACCUCCGCUCCUCGUCGAGAACCGGUAUCAGAUGUACACAGCCGAUUAGGCAUCCCCAAACAAGAUGUAAAAGGCCUCUACUCUGAUACCAGAGAGAAGAAAUCAGGUAAUUUAUGGACCCGAUUAGGGUCUGCUCCGAAGACACAAGAAAAGACUUCAGAUAAACCUGAAAACUCUGUGGCAUCUCCUGAGGAAGAUGAUUCAGAGCUCCAGCGGGUUUGGGGUGCUCUCAUUAAGGAAAAAGAACAGUCUCGGCAAAAAAAGAGUCGAUUGGAUAAUUUACCAUCUUUACAAAUUGAAAUCAGCCGAGAAAGCAGUUCUGGAUCAGACACUGAAUCAUGAUUGUUUUUACACUCUGAUCUUCACCUCAAGAUUGUGACUCUGCAGUGUGGCAAGAUUUCCUUUGCCCAAAAUCUGGACACUGGCAAAGACUCUGCAGUGAAGGUUCCACAAGUGUCUCUGUUACUUUUAUACAAAAAUAGAGAUGUGUAUACCACUUGAAACCUAAAGCAAUCACGUUUGUCUGGAGUCUGUGGUUGGCCCCGUGUUACACAGGGCACUGUCAUAUAUGUUUAUUACAGCAAACCUGUAGUUAAUUCUAGAAAAACACUUUUCCCCAAGCUUUGAACUUACAGGAGGAGGCAGAAAUGCUCUGUAUUUUUAAGAUGACCUUUUUGUUCUUAGUAUUUUUAACAUGGAGCCUUUUAACAAAAUAUAUUAUACAAUUCAUCCAAAGAACAGGGCAUUUCAUAAUCAACAUCAUUGCCUUGUCCUUCUGGCUCUUACCAGCACCUUUCUUUUCCUUUUGAAGUAAUAACAAUAAUGCUUUCUGGGUAGGCAGCCAGCAAGGAUAAAGCAUGAAGGGGUUAUCAUGUUCCCUUCCUCCAAAAUACUGAAUGUAAAUCCAAGAUAAACAUGUUAGUACAGUGAAAUUUCACAUAGUAUCCAAGUAGCAUCACUGCUCUCAAGGAAUUCUGCUCAUUUAUUUUGGUGAUACUGUGUUCUGCUGUAGCAGGGAUUGAGAUGUUCAAGACUGCAAAGUUGGAUGUUUGAAAAUUGUGUAAAUUCCCAAGGGUUUGGGGUUUUGUUUUGUUGUUUUUUUGUUUUGUUUUGGUUUUUUAUGUGAUGAGAAAUCCUAUUUCUUUCAUUUUAUCUGUAAUAUGUUUUGAAGAAAUCUAACAAUUUAAGAACAUACACUUUUAUAUUUGUGAGAAUUUUCCUGUUGGCCACAGUGAAAGCUUAUAGUGGUGUUUUCCUAUGUGCUGUUUAACUAUAUAUAUAUAACUGAAAGAGAAAAGGAGAACUAUAGGAUCGCUGUCUCAUGUCAAUAUUUUUGAAUGUUCUUAUUGUAUAGUACAUGUGGAUGUGCACAUGGUUGACUUGUUACCUUCAGCUUUUUUACCCACAGACCCUUUCUAGGUAGGAAAAAGGUUUGAUCAGUGUGCAACUGCAGUUCUUUCUUGUUGCCUGUGGCAUUUAUUUUAAUUACCAAUACUAAAUAAGGAAUAAUGCUAGCACAUCACAUUCUGGUAAACAGAACAAAAUGGUAGCAAAACCAUUGUCUGCUGCAUUUUGAUAGUCUAAAAAUUUAUUUGUAUUGUCUCUACUUCCUAGGUUGUCAGUCCAAAAUGGCUACGAAUCUCUCUUCCCCUUUCUGCUUUUCAACAAAAAAAUGUUUUAUCUUUUUUUCCCCUACUUUUGUACUAAGUUGAAGUAGGUUUGAGGCUUCACAAAAGUGAGGAAUCUGCAAUUAACUUUUCUUACUGCUUUAUUAUGUGUAAGAAUAGCAGCAUGUAAAACUAAAGUUAAAAAUGAAAGGUACAGUGACUAGAAGGGUAAUCUGGGGACUGACUGGGCUUAGAGCCUUAUUAUUUCCUUGUUUUGUGACACUCAUCCUUGAUUUUAUAUUUAAUUAUUGAAUAUAUAAAUAUGUCUCAUAAAAGUAUUGUUGAGAGUAAAUGACUGCAAUGUCUGAUCCCUCUAAUAAUUCAUUUUAACGUGUGCUUUCAUUAAUAUCCCUUAUAAAGCUUUAAAAUAGAAUCAUACACAUACCCUAUCCAUUUUUCAAGAUCCUGAUAAAAUUUAUUUAACUGGUGUCUUUUUGCCAGUAAACCUUUGUGUUGUAUUACUGAUUUGAAUCCAUUAUGACCUUUCCUUUUCCUGAAAGGAGAUGGUAGACGUGAAUCAUGCACACCUGGUCUAUGAAGACAGGCUUCUGCAUUGUCGUGAAUCUUUGCAUGUUUUUAAGCUCAGCAACUGGUUGUGGUCUGCUGUUAAUGUUGCUGAUAACCACUCUGUUUCCAUGUUAAUACUUAUAACUUGAGCCUGGUGAAGGACAGACUAACUGGUAUGAACGGCAGAAUGGGAAUAGAGAAUCUCUUCAACUGAUAUAAAAGAUCUGAACUAAUGGAUACAGGAAAUCAAGAAAAGCCAUGUAGGCAAAGCCUUGUGUUUGAGGAAGAGGAGCCAUUAACACUGGUAUUGUCUUUCAGGUGGUCGUGAAUACACCUUCCAGAUGCCUCCUUGGGGAUCUGUUGUGUUUAUGGUUUAUGGGGAGGGUUGUUUGUUAAUGAUGCCCAUGGCAUCUUAGCUGCAAGUAAAAUAGAAGUUCACUAUUGAAGGGACCUAUAGAGAGGGGGUUUUGUAAUUGAGCGUUUGCCUGGUUUUGCUUUAUGAUGAUGUACAGAGAAGUUUUGAAGUGUUUUCUGGUACCAGGAUCUCUAGCUUUCGUCUUCUUUAGGUUACCUGAACUGCUGGGUUUUGAUAAUUAAAAAUGAGCACUGAAUAUUUAGAGAAUGCAUUUUCCUUAACAUGGUCAACUUAAACCUAUUUGACCUAGAGAGAGACUGCACAGAGAAUUUUGGGUAAGUCCCCUUCUCUUUCUGGGCAGCUGUUUUGUUCUUAGCUAAUGUGUUCUUGACCUUUCACUGAACUCCCAGGUAUUACCACCUUCAGGGAUUUUGAUGCAGAAGUUAAUGUUCUGAUACCAAGAUGCACAACCUAUGUAUUUUACUAAAAUGAGAUUACGGUGAAAAUUGCAAGUAGUAGUACAGCUUUGGCUUUUGCUGGGGGAUCUAUGCCUCAGAGGAAAAAAUGGUUUUGAAUUUAGGUGACUCGUUACAGGACAACACUAGUCCUUUUAGGAGGUGUUUGCUGGUUUAAAAACGUAUUUUUUUAGAAAAUGGUUCAGGUAGCUGUUAUAUUGUGCAAAAGAAAUCGUUGUGGGGGCUACGGUCUCAGCGCCUGCAGCUGUCCUCAGUUAGAUGCUUUUAAGAUGAUAGCCAAUGUCUUUAACAGGGAAAAGGAAAGCAAAAAACCUUACUUUCAGUUCAAGAUGACCUUAUAAUGUGAAAAUAACGAAAAUUUUAUUUAAACAGCUGUUCUAUUCCAAAUAAAAGUGAUCUGAAAUCACA